AUGGACCUCGAUACCGAUGUCCCUCCAGAACUGGUUGACAUCGAGGGCCAGGUGCAAAUAGAUGCUGAUGAUGACGUUGCUGUCAAAGUGCCCAUUACCAUCGUCACAGGGUACUUGGGAGCUGGCAAAACAACCUUGCUGAAUCACAUCCUUACCGCUCAACAUGGCAAGAGAAUUGCCGUGAUAAUGAAUGAGUUUGGAGAUUCCCUUGACAUUGAGAAGUCACUCACCGUCAAUCAGGGGGACGAUAGAGUAGAGGAGUGGUUGGAUGUGGGGAAUGGAUGCAUUUGCUGCUCGGUCAAGGAUACCGGGGUCAAUGCCAUCGAGUCUCUGAUGCAGAAGAAAGGCGCCUUCGACUACAUCUUGCUGGAGACGACGGGCUUGGCUGAUCCAGGAAACAUCGCGCCGCUGUUUUGGGUAGAUGAUGGUCUGGGCAGCACGAUCUAUCUGGACGGAAUAGUCACUCUGGUUGACGCCAAGAAUAUUCUGCGCAGCUUGGACGACCCCUCUGGGCAAGUGCAAGUGCAAGGCCAGGGGGACCAUGACAACCAUGGCCCGCUCAUGACAACCGCGCAUGUCCAGAUAUCCCAUGCCGAUGUCAUCGUCAUCAAUAAAGCAGACCUGGUUACUGAGGAUGAGCUUCAGAGGGUCAAGGCUCGUAUUCGGUUCAUCAAUGGUUUGGCAAAGCUCCACAUCACGGAGAAGAGUGUGGUUCCUCAGCUGCAAGGCUUCUUACUCGACUUGCAUGCUUACGACCAGUUUAACGAGGAAGAGGAGAGGCUCAAAGGUCAUAGUCAUCUGGAUCCUACGAUUUCAACCAUAUCCAUACCGGUUCCGCGCGUACGUCAUGACAAAGUGCAAGACAUAGACAAAUGGCUGCGUUCUGUCCUGUGGGACAGCAAAUUACCGGAGGACGAAGGAGGAGAUUUUGAAAUUCACCGAUCCAAGGGCCGUGUUAUUUUGCAAGACGGGAGCGCCAAGAUGCUGCAGGGCGUGAGGGAAGUGUUCGAGCUCGUUGAUCCUCCCCAAACAGGUGAGACGCAACCAGACCAGGGCAAAAUCAUCUUCAUAGGCAGAGGUCUCGUAGAGCACGAUUUUGUGCGUAGUUUUGAACGUGCAGUGAGGUGA